AUGGGAAAGAGACGUUCUGCUGCUGGAGGUUCGGAGGCACAUGAUGGAGAGUACGAUUUGCCAGCAAAACACAUGAACACCAGCCACAUCCGUGCGAACGAACGAAGGUUAAUCAUCGUUCUCGAGGGCGCACAGCUUGAGUCGGUUAAGGUAGGACCAGCGUUUGAACUGCUCAACUGUGACGAUCAUAUCAAUAUAUUGAAGAAAAAUAAUCGUGAUCCGGGAAGCUGCCGGCCAGACAUUACGCACCAAUCACUGUUGAUGCUGAUGGAUUCACCCUUGAACAGGGCCGGAUUGCUGCAAGUCUUCAUAAAAACGGAGAAGAAUGUGUUAAUCGAAAUAGAUCCACAAACUAGAAUACCACGAACAUUCAAGCGAUUCGCUGGCCUGAUGGUGCAACUGCUUCAUAAAUUUUCGGUAAAAGCCGCAGAUUCGCAGAAGAAGUUGAUAAGAAUUAUUAAGAAUCCAAUCACCAACCAUCUGCCGGUCGGGUGCCGUAAACUCGCGAUGUCAUACAGCGCUAAUCAGGUGAAAAACGCCAAGGAACUGGUGCCGGAGAAAGACGAACCGAUAACGUUGGUCAUUGGUGCGUUUGCCCAUGGUAAUUUGAACCUAGACUACACCGAAGGCGCCUUUUCGAUCAGCAACUAUCCCUUAUCGGCCGCAUUAACCUGUACUAAAGUAUGUUCCGCAUUCGAGGAAGUGUGGGGUAUAAUAUAG